GCUUUUGUGUACCUGAGUAACCUGCUGUACCCUGUGCCCUUGGUCCAUCGCGUGGCCAUCGUCAGUGAGAAGGGAGAGGUCAAAGGAUUCCUCAGGGUGGCUGUACAGGCUAUUUCAGGUAAGAUCUGGACCACAGACCCCCACACCCCCGCCACAUCGAACAACCAAUCAAUCAUUAAAUCAAUAAUUAAAUAAUCAAAUCAACCAAUCAAUCAAUCAAUCAUUCAAUCAAUCAACCAAUCAAACAAACUACAGCACAGAAACUAAUGCCUAACGUACUGAAGCAUACAGACAUGUACAUGGAGGACUCUGUUUCUUCAUAAGACACAGUAGCAACACAGUUCAGGUAGGGUUUGACUGAAAGACAGGCUGAGUGUGGCUUCUACAGGAAGGCUGAGUGUGGCUUCUACAGGAAGGCUGAGUGUGGCUUCUACAGGAAGGCUGAGUGUGGCUUCUACAGGAAGGCUGAGUGUGGCUUCUACAGGAAGGCUGAGUGUGGCUUCUAGAGGAAGGCUGAGUGUGGCUUCUACAGGAAGGCUGAGUGUGGCUUCUACAGGAAGGCUGAGUGUGGCUUCUACAGGAAGGCUGAGUGUGGCUUCUAGAGGAAGGCUGAGUGUGGCUUCUACAGGAAGGCUGAGUGUGGCUUCUACAGGAAGGCUGAGUGUGGCUUCUACAGGAAGUCAAGUGAAGGUGCUUUGUGUUUCCCUCCAGCUGAUGAGGAGGCUCCCGACUACGGAUCCGGUGUCCGCCAGUCUGGCACCGCCAAGAUCUCCUUCGAGGACAGGGAGUUCGAGAAGGUACGUCUCCUGAGCAAACCAACAGAGGAUAUCAGGCACUGUUUUGUCUAGUCAGUAACUGAUUGCUGAUGCUAUGUAUUGGCUAAUGAGAGGCUUUGAAGCCACUAGUCGGCCAUAUUGGCACUCCCCAGAAGAAACAGAUCCAUAGGAAUGAAUGGAAUUCUACAGUAUUUCAAUUAAAUGUUUCAAGGAUAAAAUUGCAUGUAUUUAAAGGCGAACUGCACCCGCGGAUUUGUCCUCGUAUUUUGGCUUGUAGUAACAGGUCAAUGUAGAAUAAACAACUCUUUACAUGAUACCAUAGAAGCAGUGUUCUGCUAAUACAGUGGGGGAAAAAAGUAUUUAAUCAGCCACCAAUUGUGCAAGUUCUCCCACUUAAAAAGAUGAGAGAGGCCUGUAAUUUUCAUCAUAGGUACACGUCAACUAUGAAUGAGAAAAAAAAUAUCCAGAAUAUCACAUUGUAGGAUUUUUAAUGAAUUUAUUUGCAAAUUAUGGUGGAAAAUAAGUAUUUGGUCAAUAACAAAAGUUUCUCAAUACUUUGUUAUAUACCCUUUGUUGGCAAUGACACAGGUCAAACGUUUUCUGUAAGUCUUCACAAGGUUUUCACACACUGUUGCUGGUAUUUUGGCCCAUUCCUCCAUGCAGAUCUCCUCUAGAGCAGUGAUGUUUUGGGGCUGUCGCUGGGCAACACAGACUUUCAACUCCCUCCAAAGAUUUUCUAUGGGGUUGAGAUCUGGAGACUGGCUAGGCCACUCCAGGACCUUGAAAUGCUUCUUACGAAGCCACUCCUUCGUUGCCCGGGCGGUGUGUUUGGGAUCAUUGUCAUGCUGAAAGACCCAGCCACGUUUCAUCUUCAAUGCCCUUGCUGAUGGAAGGAGGUUUUCACUCAAAAUCUCACGAUACAUGGCCCCAUUCAUUCUUUCCUUUACACGGAUCAGUCGUCCUGGUCCCUUUGCAGAAAAAACAGCCCCAAAGCAUGAUGUUUCCACCCCCAUGCUUCACAGUAGGUAUGGUGUUCUUUGGAUGCAACUCAGCAUUCUUUGUCCUCCAAACACGACAAGUUGAGUUUUUACCAAAAAGUUAUAUUUUGGUUUCAUCUGACCAUAUGACAUUCUCCCAAUCCUCUUCUGGAUCAUCCAAAUGCACUCUAGCAAACUUCAGGCGGGCCUGGACAUGUACUGGCUUAAGCAGGGGGACACGUCUGGCACUGCAGGAUUUGAGUCCCUGGUGGCGUAGUGUGUUACUGAUGGUAGGCUUUGUUACUUUGGUCCCAGCUCACUGCAGGUCAUUCACUAUGUCCCCCCGUGUGGUUCUGGGAUUUUUGCUCACCGUUCUUGUGAUCAUUUUGACCCCACGGGGUGAGAUCUUGCGUGGAGCCCCAGAUCGAGGAAGAUUAUCAGUGGUCUUGUAUGUCUUCCAUUUCCUAAUAAUUGCUCCCACAGUUGAUUUCUUCAAACCAAGCUGCUUACCUAUUGCAGAUUCAGUCUUCCCAGCCUGGUGCAGGUCUACAAUUUUGUUUCUGGUGUCCUUUGACAGCUCUUUGGUCUUGGCCAUAGUGGAGUUUGGAGUGUGACUGUUUGAGGUUGUGGACAGGUGUCUUUUAUACUGAUAACAAGUUCAAACAGGUGCCAUUAAUACAGGUAACGAGUGGAGGACAGAGGAGCCUCUUAAAGAAGAAGUUACAGGUCUGUGAGAGCCAGAAAUCUUGCUUGUUUGUAGGUGACCAAAUACUUAUUUUCCACCAUAAUUUGCAAAUAAAUUCAUAAAAAAUCCUACAAUGUGAUUUUCUGGAUUUUUUUCCCUCAAUUUGUCUUUCAUAGUUAACGUGUACCUAUGAUGAAAAUUACAGGCCUCUCUCAUCUUUUUAAGUGGGAGAACUUGCACAAUUGGUGGCUGACUAAAUACUUUUUUUCCCCACUGUAUAACAAUGUUCACCUUUCACCUUUCAUUGUCAUUCCCAGCGGAUACAGAUACUGUGACUAUCAGCAUUUUGUCUGGUGGUAAUGGGGUUACCUUGGUAACAUGUCAGAGUGGUCAUUCCUUCCUGUCUGGUGGUAAUGGGGUUACCUUGGUAACAUGUCAGAGUGGUCAUACCUUCCUGUCUGGUGGUAAUGGGGUUACCUUGGUAACAUGUCAGAGUGGUCAUACCUUCCUGUCUGGUGGUAAUGGGGUUACCUUGGAAACAUGUCAGAGUGGUCAUACCUUCCUGUCUGGUGGUAAUGGGGUUACCUUGGUAACAUGUCAGAGUGGUCAUACCUUCCUGUCUGGUGGUAAUGGGGCGACAGUCUUAUGGCUUGGUGGGAAGAAGCUGUUAAGGAGCCUUUUGGACCUAGACUUGGCGCUUCCUCUGAAACCGCCUAGUAUAUACUUCCUGGAUGGCAGGAAGCUUGGCCCCAGUGAUGUACCUCUGUAUCGCCUUACAGUCGGAUGCCGAGCCGUUGCCAUAGCAGGCGAUGAUGCAACCGGUCAGGAUGCUCUCGAUGGUGCAGCUGUAUAACUUUUUGAGGAUCUGGGGACCCAUGCCAAAUCUUUUCAGUCUCCUGAGGGGGAAAAGGUGUUGUCGUGCCCGCUUCACGACUGUCUUGGUGUGUUGGACCAUGAUAUAUAUAUAUAUAUAUAUAUUUUUUUUUUUGUCAUUUAGCAGACGCUCUUAUCCAGAGCGACUUACAGUUAGUGAGUGCAUACAUUUUUCAUACUGGCCCCCCGUGGGAAACGAACCCACAACCCUGGCAUUGCAAGCACCAUGCUCUACCAACUGAGCUACAAACUGAGUUUGUUGGUGAUGUGGACACCAAGGAACUUGAAACUCUCGACCCGCUCCACUACAGCCCCGUCGAUGUCAAUGGGGGCCUGUUCGGCCCUCCUUUUCCUGUAGUCCACAAUCAGCUCCUUUGACUUGCCCACGUUGAGGGAGAGGUUGUUGUCCUGGCACCACACUGCCAGGUCUCUGACCUCCUCCCUAUAGGCUGUCUCAUCGUUGUCGGUGAUCAGGCCUACCACUGUUGUGUCGUCAGCAAACUUAAUGAUGGUGUUGGAGUCGUGCUUGGCCACGCAGUCGUGGGUGAACAGGGAGUACAGGAGGGGACUAAGCACGCACCCCUGAGGGGCCCCCGUGUUGAGGAUCAGCUGAUACCAUUGUAUUCAAUAAUAAAGUAAAAGUGUCUAGUAACAUUUUAAUGCAGAGUGCCAGGUCUCUCUCCAUGCACGUUUUCGUGAAACUUUAACGUCUUCAUAUCUCUAAAUCAUUGUCAUGUGGUGAAUCAAAAUUCUAUCCUAAUCUAAAUGAAAAUGAUACACACCUAAAAAGUAACUUCUAUUGCCAUUGCCAACUAUGUAAAAAUAGCCUCCAUAAAGCCAACAAAUAAAAACAUUGCAGUCUGCAGGUAGAAAAUAUCCUGAUGAAAAUAAAUAUCCUAUAAAUCACAUUGGCUACACAUGGCCUGUCUGCAACGAACUUGAAACAUUGUAUCAACUAUUAACUUGGGUCCUGCCCUAGUUGCAACAUUGUAUCAAAUAUUCUGUAUGAAAAAAAGGCCCGCACCAGUGAGCUCGGGACAGACAAAGCUGUUGACUAUUUGCGCAAGGGAUAAGGAGCAGUGCUUGACUUGGGCAGGAGCUCACCGGAGCUGAGUACCGGCACCUCAAAUGUUCUACUGCUUCAGCUCCUGUUCCUCUUAUAGAAUAUUAGCUCAAAAGUAUUGUGGAGGUCCCAAAAUGAGUAGAAGUCAAACAGUGAUAAGAAGUAAUCAGGUAGGCCUAUUUUUUAUAAUGUUUCCAUUGGAUCAGAGCAUGACAUUUUUCCCUUUCAUGCUGAGUGGUUAUCGAAAGGGAGAGAGCUGGAAAGAUGUUUCAAAUACAUUGAGGAACGAUUGUAAUUCUCAAUGGAUGUAAAAACAGACUUUGUUUGCUUGCUGUUUGAGGUGAAGAAUACAUUACUUUGAGAAGCUCCACAGGUCAUUAGUGGUGGUGCGUUAAGCCAAUCAGAAAUACUAUCAGAUCCCCAAAUGGGCACAUUUAUAUGCCUCCAUUUGGGCGCAGGCCAGGUAGCCUAUAGGCCUACUUCUAUGAAUAAUCAGGCCAGGUAGCCUAUAGGCCUACUUCUAUGAGUAAUCAGGUGCGUGUCCUUACUCAACAUUGACAGGAGCGCUACAAACAAAAGACAAUGAUUAAAUUGACAAAACUCGUAAAUGGAAUGAAAUAAAACCAAAACUUGUUUCUCACAAGUGUAGCAGGUUGUGCACUCUGCAAACAAUCUGUCCACUCUCCGACCACAUUUUCGGAUCAAGCAUAAAUGGGCUUUUAGUCUAGGCCUCCGCAAUGGAUUAGUUCACAGAGAUGGGGCAAAUAUAUACAUUUGUUACUGCUCGACUAAAAUAAUCUCGGUCGACCAACAGCCUAACGACCAAACAAUCAACCAGUCGACUAAUUGGGGUCAGCCCCAAUUAUUUUUUAUUUUUUUAAAAUGUUUAGCUCACAUAAUUUAAUUAAAAAGUAUACAUUUAGGUGGCUGUAAUAUAAUAAAUAUAGUAAAACCAAUGUAGACGUUAAUAAAUUAAUAUAGCUUCCAAAAUAUUGUUUUGAAUGGGAGGGGAGUGCCAAGAUGGAUGCGUGGGGGCUUCAAAACAGCACCCCCCGUCAGUCAUCUAGUGUAUGUAUAAAUCAUUGUAUAAAUCAGUGAUUGCGAAAGUAUUCACCCCCCUUGGCAUUUUUCCUAUUUUGUUGCCUUACAACCUGGAAUUAAAAUGGAUUUUUUUGGGGGUUUGUAUCAUUUGAUUUACACAACAUGCCUACCACUUUGAAGAUGCAAAAUAUUUUUUAUUGUGAAACAAAUAAGACAGAAAAACUGAAAACUUCUGCAUGCGUAACUAUUCAUCCCCCCAAAAGUCAAUAUGUUGUAGAGCCACCUUUUGCAGCAAAUACAGCUGCAAGUCUCUUGGGGUAUGUCUCUAUAAGCUUGGCACAUCUAGCCACUGGGAUUUUUGCCCAUUCUUCAAGGAAAAACUGCUCCAGCUCCUUCAAGUUUGGUCCUCUGUAGCUCAGCUGGUAGAGCACGGCGCUUGUAACGCCAAGGUAGUGGGUUCGAUCCCCGGGACCACUCAUACACAAAAAAAAUGUAUGCACGCAUGACUGUAAGUCGCUUUGGAUAAAAGCGUCUGCUAAAUGGCAUAUUAUUAUUAUUAUUAUAAGUUGGAUGGGUUCCGCUGGUGUACAGCAAUCUUUAAGUCAUACCACAGAUUCUCAAUUGGAUUGAGGUCUGGGCUUUGAAUAGGCCAUUCCAAGACAUUUAAAUGUUUCCGCUUAAACCACUCGAGUGUUGCUUUAGUAGUAUGCUUAGGGUCAUUGUCCUGCUGGAAGGUGAACCUCCGUCCCAGUCUCAAAUCUCUGGAAAACUGAAACAGGUUUCCCUCAGGAAUUUCCCUGUAUUUAGCGCCAUCCAUCAUUCCUUCAAUUCUGACCAGUUUCCCAGUCCCUGCCGAUGGAAAACAUCCCCACAGCAUGAUGCUUCCACCACCAUGCUUCACUGUGGGGAUGGUGUUCUCAGGGUGAUGAGAGAUGUUGGGUUUGCGCCAGACAUAACGUUUUCCUUGAUGGCCAAAAAGCUCAAUUUUAGUCUCAUCUGACCAGAGUACCUCUUCCAUAUGUUUGGGGAGUCUCCCACAUGCCUUUUGGCGAACACCAAAUGUGUUAGCUUAUUUCUUUCUUUAAGCAAUGGCUUUUUUCUGGCCACUCUUCCAUAAAGCCCAGCUCUGUGGAGUUUACGGCUUAAAGUGGUCCUAUGGACAGAUACUCCAAUCUCCGCUGUGGAGCUUUGCAGCUCCUUCAGGGUUAUCUUUGGUCUCUUUGUUGCCUCUCUGAUUAAUGCCCUCCUUGCCUAGUCCCUGAGUUUUGGUGGGCGGCCCCCUCUUGGCAUGUUUGUUGUGGUGCCAUAUUCUUUCUAUUUUUUAAUAAUGGAUUUAACGGUGCUCUGUGGGAUGUUCAAAGUUUCUGAUAUUUUUUAUAACCCAACCCUGAUCUGUACUUCUCCACAACUUUGUCCCUGACCUGUUUGGAGAGCUUCUUGGUCUUCAUGGUGCCGCUUGCUUGGUGGUGCCCCUUGCUUAGUGGUGUUGCAGACUCUGGGGCCUUUCAGUACAGCUGUAUAUAUACUGAGAUCAUGUCACAGAUCAUGUGACACUUAGAUUGCACACAGGUGGACUUUAUUUAACUAAUUAUGUGACUUCUGAAGGUAAUUGGUUGCACCAGAUCUUAUUUAGGGGCUUCAUAGCAAAGGGGGUGAAUACAUAUGCACACACCACUUUUGAAAUGAAGUUUUUUUUUUCAUUUCACUUUUUGGACUAUUUUGACUAUUUUGUGUAUGUCCAUUUACAUGAAAUCCAAAUUAAAAAAACGCCAAAGGGGAUGAAUAGUUUUGCAAGGCACUGCACCUUCCGUAGUUUUAAAAUAAAAACAAAUCAUAUGUAUUGGUCACAUACACAUGGUUAGCAGAUGUUAUUGCGAGUGUAGCAAAAUGCUUUAUCUGAGAACUGUCUGUAGCUACCUCCUUUAGCUUUGCUUACUGUAUGCUGUAGCUACCUCCUUUAGCUAUGGUUACUGUAUGCUGUAGCUACCUCCUUUAGCUAUGCUAACUGUAUGCUGUAGCUACCUCCUUUAGCUUUGCUUAUUGUAUGCUGUAGCUACCUCCUUUAGCUAUGCUUACUGUAUGCUGUAGCUACCUCCUUUAGCUAUGGUUACUGUAUGCUGUAGCUACCUCCUUUAGCUAUGGUUACUGUAUGCUGUAGCUACCUCCUUUAGCUAUGCUAACUGUAUGCUGUAGCUACCUCCUUUAGCUAUGCUAACUGUAUGCUGUAGCUACCUCCUUUAGCUAUGCUAACUGUAUGCUGUAGCUACCUCCUUUAGCUAUGCUUACUGUAUGCUGUAGCUACCUCCUUUAGCUAUGCUUACUGUAUGCUGUAGCUACCUCCUUUAGCUAUGCUAACUGUAUGCUGUAGCUACCUCCUUUAGCUAUGCUAACUGUAUGCUGUAGCUACCUCCUUUAGCUAUGGUUACUGUAUGCUGUAGCUACCUCCUUUAGCUAUGCUAACUGUAUGCUGUAGCUACCUCCUUUAGCUAUGGUUACUGUAUGCUGUAGCUACCUCCUUUAGCUUUGCUUACUGUAUGCUGUAGCUACCUCCUUUAGCUAUGGUUACUGUAUGCUGUAGCUACCUCCUUUAGCUAUGCUAACUGUAUGCUGUAGCUACCUCCUUUAGCUAUGGUUACUGUAUGCUGUAGCUACCUCCUUUAGCUAUGGUUACUGUAUGCUGUAGCUACCUCCUUUAGCUAUGCUAACUGUAUGCUGUAGCUACCUCCUUUAGCUAUGCUAACUGUAUGCUGUAGCUACCUCCUUUAGCUAUGCUAACUGUAUGCUGUAGCUACCUCCUUUAGCUAUGCUUACUGUAUGCUGUAGCUACCUCCUUUAGCUAUGCUUACUGUAUGCUGUAGCUACCUCCUUUAGCUAUGCUAACUGUAUGCUGUAGCUACCUCCUUUAGCUAUGCUAACUGUAUGCUGUAGCUACCUCCUUUAGCUAUGCUAACUGUAUGCUGUAGCUACCUACUUUAGCUAUGGUUACUGUAUGCUGUAGCUACCUCCUUUAGCUAUGCUUACUGUAUGCUGUAGCUACCUCCUUUAGCUAUGGUUACUGUAUGCUGUAGCUACCCCUUAGCUAUACUGUGCUGUAGCUAUACUAACUGUAUGCUGUAGCUACCUCCUUUAGCUAUGCUAACUGUAUGCUGUAGCUACCUCCUUUAGCUAUGCUAACUGUAUGCUGUAGCUACCUCCUUUAGCUAUGCUAACUGUAAUGCUGUAGCUACCUCCUUUAGCUAUGCUAACUGAAUGCUGUAGCUACCUCCUUUAGCUAUGCUAACUGAAUGCUGUAGCUACCUCCUUUAGCUAUGCUAACUGAAUGCUGUCCCUUGUGGUCAGUUCCAGGCUACGUCCUCUAGCUUUAAUGUCAGUGGCUAGGCCACUCCCUCUAUCUCUGCUAACUGUGUGCUAUCUUCUGGCUAGUUUGCUAGUUUGCUAGCAUCUCUUCCAGCUUUGCUAACUGUGUGCUAUCUUCUGGCUAGUUAGUAAAUACCUCCUAGGUUUGCUAGCAUCUCUUCCAGCUUUGCUAACUGUGUGCUAUCUUCUGGCUAGUUAGUAAAUACCUCCUAGGUUUGCUAGCUUCUUUUCCAGCUUUGCUAACUGUGUGCUAUCUUCUGGCUAGUUAGUAAAUACCUCCUAGGUUUGCUAGCAUCUCUUCCAGCUUUGCUAACUGUGUGCUAUCUUCUGGCUAGUUAGUAAAUACCUCCUAGGUUUGCUAGCAUCUCUUCCAGCUUUGCUAACUGUGUGCUAUCUUCUGGCUAGUUAGUAAAUACCUCCUAGGUUUGCUAGCUUCUUUUCCAGCUUCGCUAACUGUGUGCUAUCUUCUGGCUAGUUAGUAAAUACCUCCUAGGUUUGCUAGCUUCUUUUUCCAGCUUUGCUAACUGAAUGCUGUCCCUUGUGGUCAGUUCCAGGCUGAGUCGUGCCCCGCUGGUCUGUCCCGUACCGGGGCGUCCCAGGAGGAGCUGCGUUUCGUGGAGGGGGAGGGACAGAACUCAGGGAUGGAGCCCUCAGCCGAUGAGGUCAACAACAACACAUGUGCGGGUAACCACCACUAGCUGUGUAUUCUCCUCAGCCGCUGUGGUGUCUCAUCAAACUGUGGUGUCUCAUCAAACUGUGGCGUCUCAUCAAACUGUGGUGUCUCAUCAAACUGCAGUGUCUCAUCAAACUGUGGUGUCUCAUCAAACUGCAGUGUCUCAUCAAACUGUGGUGUCUCAUCAAACUGUCCUGCACGUGUCUUGUGUGUGGAGGCUGUCUGUGUGACUGUGGUCUGUCUGUGUGGGUGUGGCCUGUACAUGUGGGUGUGGUCUGUGUAUGCGGGUGUGGCCUUCCAAAAGCCUUCAGAAAGUAUUCAUACCUCUUGAUUUAUUCCAGACUUUGUUGUGUUACAGCCUGAACUCAAAAUGGAUUAAAUAGAUUUUUUCUCUCACCCAUCUACACACAAUGCCCCAUAAUGACAAAGUGAAAACAUGUUUUUAGAAAUGAUUGAACAUUUAUUGAAAAUGAAAUACAGAAAUAUCUUAUUUACAUAAGUAUUCACACUCCUGAUUCAAUACAUGUUAGAAUCACCGUUAGCAGCGAUUUCAGUUGUGAGUCUUUCUGGGUAAGUCUCUAAGAGCAUUGCACACCUGGAUUGUACAACAUUUGCACAUUAUUAUUUUUUACAUUCUUAAAGGUCUCUCAAGUUGAUUGUUGAACAUUGCUAGACAGCCAUUUUCUGGUCUUGCCAUAGAUCUUUAAGCCGAUUUAAGUCAAAACUGUAAUUAGGCCACUCAGGAACAUUCAAUGUCGUCUUGGUAAGCAACUCCAGUGUAUAUUUGGCCUUGUGUUUUAGGUUAUUGUCCUGCUGAAAGGUGAAUUUGUCUCCCAGUGUCUGUUGGAAAGCAGACUGAAACAGUUUUUCUUCUCGGAUUUUGCCUGUGCUUCGCACUAUUCUGUUUAUUUUUCUCCUAACAAACUCCCUAGUCCUUGCCGAUGACAAGCAUACCCAUAACAUGAUGCAGUCAUCACCAUGCUUGAAAAUGUGAAGAGUGUUACUCAGUGAUGUUUUGUGUUGAAUUUGCCCCAAACAUAAUGCUUUGUCUUCAGGACAUAAAGUUAGUUUCUUUGCCACAUUUUUUGCAGUAUUACUUUUUAUUGCCUCAUUGCAAACAGGAUGGAUGUUUUGGAAUAUAUAAUACUGGCUGUAUUGAUACACCAUCGAAAGUGUAAUUAAUAACUUCACCAUGCUCGAAGGGAUAUUCAUUGUCAGCUUUUUUCUUCUUUUUUUACCAAUAGGUGCCCUUCUUUGCGAGGCAUUGGAAUCCUCCCUGGUCAUUGUGGUUGAAUCUGUUUUUGAAAUUCACUGCUCGACUGAGGGAUCUUACAGAUAACUGUAUGUGUGGGGUACAGAGAUGAUGUAGUCAUUCAAAAUUAUGUUAAACACUAUUAUUGCACACAGAGUGAGUCCCUGCAAUGGGAUUUGUUAAGCACAUUUUUACUCCUGAACAUAUUUAGGCUUGCCAUAACAAAGGGGUUGAAUACUUAUUGACUCAAGACAUUAAAAGCUUUUCAUUUUUUUAUUAAUUUGAAAACAUUUCUGAAACCAUAAUUCCACUUUGGCAUUAUGGGGUAUUGUGUGCAGGCCAGUGACACAAAACCUAAAUGAAAUCAAUUUUCAAUUCAGGCUGUAACACAACAAAAUGUGGAAAAAGUCAAAGGGAUGUGAACACUUUCUGAAGGCACUGUAAGUGUGUGUGGUCUGAGUUCAUAUCUACUUUAUGCUAAAUGUAUGUAUGUACAGGUAGGUAGUGUGUUUAUCUGCCUGAAGUUAUAUUAUGUUGUGAGUAAGGAUGUAGGGUAGAGAAAUAGCUCAGUGUGCCAUAGUGAAAACACAGGAAGAUUAACUACACUCAAUGUCUCUCCUAUGUCUUCAUGUCUCCGUUCUGACCCCCUGUAGCCGGUCCAGACGAGUUGAAGGCCAACCUGGACGGAGCCCUGGAGCACCUGAGGAUAGGUAACGUCUUCACCUUCAGAGUGACGGUCCUACAGGCCUUCAGCAUCUCUGCAGAGUACGCUGACAUCUUCUGCCAGUUCAAGUAAGUUGUUGUUGUUGUUGUUGUUGUUGUUGUUGUUUUUUCUUCUUCUUCUUCUUGUUCUUCUUCUGCUUCUAUCAGAUCUUUAGGUAUUCUACCAGUCAAAAGUUUGGACACACCUACUCAUUCAAGGGUUUUUCUUUAUUUAAAAAAAAAACAAUUCUACAUUUUAGAAUAACAACAAGUGCUCAGCAUAUGUGGGAACUCCUUCAAGACUGUCGGAAAAGCAUUCCGGGUGAAGCUGGUUGAGAGAAUGCCAAGAGUGUGCAAAGCUGUCAUCAAGGCGAAGGGUGGCUACUUUGAAGAAUCUCAAAAUUAAAAUAUAUUUUGAUUUCUUUUAACACUUUUUUUGGUUGCUACAUGAUUCCAUAUGUGUUAUUUCAUAGUUUUGAUGUCUUCACUAUUAUUCUACAAUGUAGAAAAUAGUAAAAAAUAAAGAAAAACCCUUGAAUGAGUAGGUGUGUCCAAACUUUUGACUGGUAGUGUAUAUCUUUAGGUCUAUCAGAUGUUGAAACAAGCUAACAAGGCCUUCUCUCUUUCUGAUCAGUUUCAUCCACCGCCAUGAUGAGGCCUUUUCCACAGAGCCUCUGAAGAACACAGGGCGAGGCCCUCCUCUGGGCUUCUACCACGUACAGAACGUAAGCAGUUGAACGUUUAAUGAAAAAUGAUGUACUAAAAUAUGAAUCAGAGUCACAAGCAGGUAAUGGGGAUUAGAGGGCCGAAUAUCAAACAAACAGUUAUUCUUGAUAUUUCAGAAUGAAACAAGGGCAGGAAUUAUGGGAGAAAUAUAGAUAGUAAUAUUAAAAGUAACAGAUAUAGUUUACAUGUUCACAUUCAAAUUAGGGAAAAGAUAGGUGAGAUCGAUCUGGAUACACUUACGUAUUUGUAUUUACAUCUGAUAGACCUGGGGUCGAAACACAUUAAGGCACUUACAUUACAUAUAAAACCAAAGAUAAAACAGUACAUCAUAUAACAUUAUUACACCACUACAUAUCUACAAUACAAAAUGUAUAAUACCACCAUACAACAAUACCACAAUGUACGUGUGUGUAGAGUGCGUGUGCUAGCGCUUGUAUGCGUGUGUCUGUGUCUCUUCACAGUCCCCGCUGUUCCACAAGGUGUAUUUUUAUGUUUUUUCAAUCUGAUUCUACUGCUUGCAUCAGUUACCUGAUGUGGAAUAGAGUUCCAUGUAGUCAUGGCUCUAUGUAGUACUGUGCGCCUCCCAUAGUCUGUUCUGGACUUGGGGACUGUGAAGAGACCUCUGGUGGCAUGUCUUGUGGGGUAUGCAUGGGUGUCUGAGCUGUGUGCUAGUAGUUUAAACAGACAGCUCGGUACAUUCAGCUUGUCAACACUUCUUACAAAAACAAGUAGUGAUGAAGUCAAUCUCUCUUCCACUUUGAGCCAUGAGAGAUUGACAUGCAUAUCAUUAAUGUUAGCUGCCCGUGUACUUUUAAGGGCCAGCCGUGCUCCCCUGUUCUGAGUCAAUUGUAAUUUUCCUAAGUCCCUCUUUGUGGGACCUGACCACACGACUGAACAGUAGUCCAGGUGCGACAAAACUAGGGCCUGUAGGACCUGCCUUGUUGAUAGUGUUGUUAAGAAGGCAGGGUAGCGCUUUAUUAUGGGCAUACUUUUCCCCAUCUUAGCUACUGUUGUAUCAAUAUGUUUUGACCAUGACAGUUUACAAUCCAGGGUUACUCCAAGCAGUUUAGUCACCUCAACUUGCUCAAUUUCCACAUUAUUCAUUACAUGUUUUAGGGUUUAUUUUAGUUUAGUUUAGUGAAUGAUUUGUCCCAAAUACAAUGCUUUUAGUUUAGGAAUUAUUUAGGACUAACUUAUUCCUUGCCACCCAUUCUGAAACUAACUGCAGCUCUUUGUUAAGUGUUGCAGUCAUUUCAGUCGCUGUAGUAGCUGACGUGUAUAGUGUUGAGUCAUCCGCAUACAUAGACACACUGGCUUUACUCAAAGUCAGUGGCAUGUCGUUAGUAAAGAUUGAAAAAAGUAAGGGGCCUAGACAGCUGCCCUGGGGAAUUCCUGAUUCUACCUGGAUUAUGUUGGAGAGGCUUCCAUUAAAGAACACCCUCUGUGUUCUGUUAGACAGGUAACUCUGUAUCCACAAUAUAGCAGGUGGAGUAAAGCCAUACCAUUUUUUUCCAGCAGCAGACUAUGAUCGAUAAUGUCAAAAGCCGCACUGAAGUCUAACAAAACAGCCCCCACAAUCUUUUUUAUCAUCAAUUUCUCUCAGCCAAUCAUCAGUCAUUUGUGUAAGUGCUGUGUUUGUUGAAUGUCCUUCUCCAUAAGCAUGUUGAAAGUUUGUUGUCAGUUUGUUUACUGUAAAAUAGCAUUGUAUCUGGUCAAACACAAUUUUUUCCAAUAGUUUACUAAGGGUUGGGUAAAAGGCUAAUUGGUCGGCUGUUUGAGCCAGUAAAGGGGCUUUUACUAUACUUAGGUAGGGGAAUGACUUUUGCUUCCCUCCAGGCCUGGGGGCACACACUUUCUAGGAGGCUUAAAUUGAAGAUAUGGCAAAUAGGAGUGGCAAUAUCGUCCACUAUUAUCCUCAGUAAUUUUCCAUCCAAGAUUGUCAGACCCCGGUGGCUUGUCAUUGUUGAUAGAUAACAAUACUUUUUUCACCUCUUCCAUAGUCACUUUAUGGAAUUCAAAAGUACAAUGCUUGUCUUCAUAAUUUGGUCAGAUAUACUUGGAUGUGUAGUGUCAGCAUUUGUUGCUGGCAUGUCAUGCCUAAAUUUGCUAAUCUUGACAAUGAAGAAAUCAUUAAGGUAGUUGGCAAUAUCAGUGGGUUUUGUGAUGAAUGAGCCAUGUGAUUCAAUGAAUGAUGGAGCCGAGUUGGCCUUUUUUCCCAGAAUUUAAUUUAAGGUGCUCCAAAGCUUUUCACUAUCAUUCCUUAUAUCUGUUUUUUUUUUCAUAGUAUAUAUAUAUAUUUUUUUUUCAUUUAUUCACAUGAUUUGUUAAUUUGCAGUACGUUUGCCAAUCGGUUGGGCUGCCAGACUUAAUUGCCAUAACUUUUGCCUCAUCCCUCUCAAUUUCUCAUCAUUUUCUUAAUGGGUGCAUGCUUAUUAGUAACUGGAAUAAGCAAUUUCAUAAAUUUGUCAAGCGCUGCAUCUGGUUGCUUCUCAUUACACACCACAGACCAGCAAAUAUUCUUUACAUCAUCAACAUAAGAAUUACUACAAAACUGACCUCUUAUACACUAUAUUAGGCACUUUGAUACUGCAGCAUUAGUAAAGAUGUGAUCAGGUCUGCAACCAACGUUCUUCCAUUGUGUAGAGUCCAAAACAAAGGAUUUCACUAGUCCAAGUAUAAUUUUUGCAAGGUCCUCUCACGGAGUGUCCUUGAAUUGAUUUGUAGCUCAUAAAUUGACAGCAACCAUAUGUCUGGUCAGCGUCGGAACACAACUGUUCACAUGUUCUAUUUAUUGUCCUGGAACCAGCAAGAGGUGAGGCCUCUUGUCAGGAGAGCUACGAUUGGCUCAGGUGAGGAAAAAGUUAUAUGAAUCAAUAAAUUGUCCACACCAAAGGAAGGGUAUUUUGUCUACUCUCAUAACAUAUUCCAACGUCCAUGUGAAGACAAAAACAUACUUUUCCUUUGACAAGUGAGGGUAAUACCUUUUAAUUGUCAGGAAAAUACAUUGAGUGUACAAAACAUUAUGAACACCAGCAAUUUCCAUGACAUAGACUGACCAGGUGAAUCCAGUCGAAAGCUUUGAUCACCUGUUAAAUCCACUUCAAUCAGUGUAGAUGAAGGGGAUGAGACAGGUUAAAUAAGGGUUUUUAUGACUUGAAUUCAAUUGAGACAUGGAUUGUGUAUGUGUGCCAUUCAGAGGGUGAAUGGGAAAGACAAAAUAUUUAAGUGCCUUUGAACGGGGUAUGGUAGUAGGUGCCAGGCGCACCGGUUUGUGCCAAGAACUGCAACGCUGCUAGGUUUUUCACAUUCAACAGUUUCCUGUGUGUAUCAAGAAUGGUCCACCACCCAAACGGCAUCCAGCCAACUUGACCCAACUGUGGGAAGCAUUGGAGUCAACAUGGGCCAGCAUCCCUGUGGAAAGCUUUCGACACCUUGUAGAGUCCAUGCCCUGACGAAUUGAAGCUGUUCUGAGGGUAAAAGUGGGGUUUGCAACUCAAUAUUAGGAAGCUGUUCUUAAUGUUUUGUACACUCAGUGUGUAUCAUACACAUCCUAAAAGUCAAGGUCUUAUUAUACACAUCUAAAAACACUUUUAACAAAGUCAUUUUAAGUCAAUUUACCUUGUUUCCUUGAUGAAAUAAUAAGAGGUUGUUUUGUAUGGAGUUUGUUGCUUUCCACAUACAGUGCAUUCAGAAAGUAUUCAGACCCCUUGACUUUUUCCGCAUUUUGUUACGCUACAGCAUUAUUCUAAAAUUGAUUAAAUUGUUUUUUUCUCUCAUCAAUCUACACACAAUAACCCCAUAAUGACAUAGCGAAAACAGGUUUUUAGAAAUAUUUGCAAAUGUAUUAAAAAUAUAAAACAUAAAUAACUUAUUUACAUAAGUAUUCAGACCCUUUGCUAUGAGACUUGAAAUUGAGCUUGGGUGCAUCCUGUUUCCGUUGAUCAUCCUUGAGAUGUUUCUACAACUUGAUUGGAGUCCACCUAUGGAAAAUUCAAUUGAUUGGACAUGAUUUGGAAAGGCACACACCUGUCUAUAUAAGGUCCCACAUUUGAAAGUGCACGUCAGAGCAAAAAGCAAGCCAUGAGGUCGAAGGAAUUGUCCGUAGAGCUCCGAGACAGGAUUGUGUCGAGGCACAGAUCUGGGGAAUGGUACAAAUUUUUUUGGGCAGCAUUGAAGGUCCCCAAAAACACAUUCUUAAAUGGAAGAAGUUUGGAACCACCAAAACUCUUCCUAGAGCUGGCCGCCCGGCCAAACUGAGCAAUUGGGGGAGAAGGGCCUUGGUCAGGGAGGUGACCAAGAACCCGAUGGUCACUCUGACAGAGCUCUAAAGUUCCUCUGUGGAGAUGAGAGAACCUUCCAGAAGGACAACCAUCUCUGUAGCACUCCAUCAAUCAGGCCUUUAUGGUAGAGUGGCCAGACGGAAGCCACUCCUCAGUAAAAGGCACACGACAGCCCGCAUGGAGUUUGCCAAAAGGCACCUAAAGACUCUCAGACCAUGAGAAACAAGAUUCUCUGGUCUGAUGAAACCAAGAUUGAACUCUUUGGCCUGAAUGCGCAGUGCACGCUGACACGGUCGCCAGGUGUACGGUGUUUCCUCCGACACGUUGGUGCGGCUGGCUUCCGGGUUAAGCGGGCAUCGUGUCAAGAAGCAGUGCGGCUCGGAUCGGUUGUGUUUCGGAGGACGCACGGCUCUCGACCUUCGCCUCUCCCGAGUCCGUACGGGAGUUGCAGCGAUGGGACAAAACUGUAACUACCAAUUGGAUAUCACGAAAUUGGGGUGAAAAAGGGGUACAAAAAUAAUAUAAUAUAACAGAAAGUGUUCUUGGGGACCUUCAAUGCUGCAUUAAGGUGUGUGUCUUUCCAAAUCAUGUCCAAUCAAUUGAAUUUACAACAGGUGGACUCCAGUGAAGUUGUAGAAACAUCUCAAGGAUGAUCAAUGGACACAGGAUGCACCUGAGCUCAAUUUCGAGUCUCAUAGCAAAGUGUCUGAAUACUUAUGUAAAUAAGGUUUUUAAAUUUUUAUUUUAUUUUGCAUACUCUGGAUGUCCAGCUCAGACAUACAGUACCAGUCAAAAGUUUGGACACACCUACUCAUUCAAGGGUUUUUCUUUAUUUUUUUACUAUUUUCUACAUUGUAGAAUAAUAGUGAAGACAUCAUAUAGCCACCCUUUGCUUUGAUGAGAGCUUUGCACACUCUUGGCAUUCUCUCAACCAGCUUCACCUGGAAUGUUUUGAAGGAGUUCCCACAUAUCCUGAGCACUUGUUGGCUGCUUUUCCUUCACUCUGUGGUCCAAAUAAUCCCAACCCAUCUCAAUUGGGUUGAGGUCGGGUGAUUGUGGAGGCCAGGUGAUCUGAUGCAGCACUCCAUCACUCUCCUUCUUGGUAAAAUAGCCCUUACACAGCCUGGAGGUGCGUUGGGUCAUUGUCCUGUUGAAAAACAAAUUAUAGUCCCACUAAGCGCAAACCAGAUGGGAUGGAGUAUCGCUGCAGAAUGCUGUGGUAGCCAUGCUGGUUAAGUGUGCCUUGAAUUCUAAAUAAACCACAGACAGUGUCACCAGCAAAGCACCCCCACACCAUAACACCUCCUCCUUCACGGUGGGAACCACACAUGCGGAGAUAAUCCGUUCACCUGCUCUGCGUCUCACAAAGACAUGGUGGUUGGAACCAAAAAAUCUCAAAUUUGGACUCAUCAGACCAAGGGACAGAUUUCCACCGGUCUAAUGUCCAUUGCUCAUGUUUCUUGGCCCGAGCAAGUCUCUUCUUCUUAUUGGUGUCCUUUAGUAGUGGUUUCUUUGCAGCAAUUCGACCAUGAAGGCCUGAUUCACACAGUCUCCUCUGAACAGAUGAUGUUGAGAUGUGUCUGUUACUUGAACUCUGUGAAGCAUUUAUUUGGGCUGCAAUUUCUGAGGCUGGUAACUCUAAUGAACUUAUUCUCUGCAGCAGAGGUAACUCUGGGUCUUCCAUUCCUGUGGCGGUCCUCAUGAGAGCCAGUUUCAUCAUAGUGCUUGAUGGUUUUUGUGACUGCACUUGAAGAAAUUUUCAAAGUUCUUGAAAUGUUCCAUGUUGGCUGGCCAUCGUCUUAAAGUAAUGAUGGACUGUCGUUUCUCUUUGCUUAUUUGAGCUUUUCUUGCCAUAAUAUGGACUUGGUCUUUUACCAAAUAGGGCUAUCUUCUGUAUACCCCCCCUACCUUGUCACAACACAACUGAUUGGCUCAAAUGCAUUAAGAAGGAAAUAAAUUCCACAAAUUAACUUUUAAGAAGGCAUACCUGUUAAUUGAAAUGCAUUCCAGGUGACUACCUCAUGAAGCUGGUUGAGAGAACGCCAAGAGUGUGCAAAGCUGUCAUCAAGGCAAAGGGUGGCUAUUUGAAGAAUCUCAAAUAUCAAAUAUAUUUUGAUUUGUUUAACACUUUUUUGGUUACUUCGUGAUUCCAUAUGUGUUAUUUCAUAGUUUUGAUGUCUUCACUACUAUUCUACAAUGUAAAAAGAGAGAAAGAAAAACCCUUGAAUGAGUAGGUGUGUCCAAACUUUUGACUGGUAGUGUAUAUAUAUAUUUAACCCAAAAAAAUAUAUGGGGGAUUGGAAAUGAUGCUGACAUUUACAUUGAUGGAAUCUAUGGCUGAUCUAGCCCCGAAUAAAACAAUACAAAAUAAAAAAAGAGGUUAUCAUGUUAUCAUGGUUUGAUAUGCUAUGAUAGCUAAUAUCGCUUUAUUGGUUCAACAGAUUGCUGUAGAGGUCACCAAAUCAUUUAUUUGUGGAGUACAUCAAGACCAGGCCUAUGGUGGUUGGGAAUGUUAUCAUGGUUUGAUAUGCUGUGAUAGCUAAUAUCGCUUUAUUGGUUUAACAGAUUGCUGUAGAAGUCACCAAAUCCUUUGUGGAGUACAUCAAGUCCCAGCCUAUGGUGUUUGAGGUGUUUGGUCACUACCAGAAACAGCCUGCUCUCUGCAAGGACCUCAUAAGGUAACACUCGCUACCGGAAGGACAAUCUUCAUUCUUCUUUUUGUAAUGCACUUAUUAUUUUCAUGUGGUGGUAACAUACUCCGUUAGGACUUACUGUAUCCCUCUCCCUCUCUCUCUCUCUCUCUCUGUCUCUCUCUCUCUCUCUCUCUCUCUGUCUCUCUCUCUCUGUCUCUGUCUCUCUCUCUGUCUGUCUCUCUCUCUCUCGCUCCUCUCUUCUCUCUCUCGUCUCUCUCUCUCUCUCUCUCUCUCUCUCUCUCUCUCUCUCUCUCUCUCAAUUCAAUUCAAUUCAAUUUAAGGGCUUAAUUGGCAUGGGAAACGUAUGUUAACAUUGCCAAAGUAAGUGAAGUAGAUAAUAAACUAAAGUUACUGUAUCUCUCUUCUCUCGCUCUCUCUCUCUCUCUCUCUCUCUCUCUCUACUCUCUUUCAUCUGUCUCUCUCUCUCUCUCUCUGUCUCUCCUCUCUCUCUCUCUCUCUCUCUCUCUCUCCUCUCUCUCUGUCUCUCUCCUCUCUCUCUUGUCUGUCUCUUCUCUUCUCAUCUCUCUCUCUCUCUCUCUCUCUCUCUCUCUCUUUCAAUUCAAUUCAAUUCAAUUUAAGGGCUUUAUUGGCAUGGGAAAUGUAUGUUCACAUUGCCAAAGUAAGUGAAGUAGAUAAUAAACAAAAGUGAAAUAAAACAAUAAAAAUUAACAGUAAACAUUACACUCAGAAGUUCCAAAAGAAUAAAGACAUUUCAAAUGUCAUAUUAUGUUUAUAUACAGUGUUGUUUUUGCAUUCUUCAUCAAACCAUUGCACUGUUGCACUUUUCUUUGGUUUUCUGUUAGAUAUUUUUAGAUUUGAUAGGAAGCUGAGGGGUCAAAUAUACUGUUAGGUUUUCUACUGCCAGUUUUAACCUUCACUAUUACAGUGGAACGUUUUGUCCAGGAAGUUGUCUAAAAGGGAUUUGAAUUUGUUGUUGCCUAAUUGUUUUUUUGGUACGGUUUCGACACUAUUUCCUUCCAUCUAUAGCAUUUCUUAAAUUAUUCAGUUCCUUUGGCUUGAUGCCUCAUGAUUGAGUAUUGCUCAGUUCAAGUAGACUUGAUUUUACUGUGGUCGAUAGCGGGUUUGUUUCAGUGGCUGACUGUGAACGCCUGAGAGACUCUGGGUUGAGGUCAGUGAUAAAGUAGUCUACAGUAUACUGCAAAGAUGAGCUAUAGUGUAACCAUAGGGUACCUCGAAGCCUCAGGAAUAGGGAGAUAGAGAGAAGGCUGAGCCAGUGGCGGGUAAGAGAGAGAGGAGAGAGCAGAGGGGAGAGGAGAGGGAGGAGAGGGAGGGAGAGAGGAGAGCGAGAGAGAGGGUACGUAGAGUAGGAAGGCAGAGCGAGUAAGGGGAGAGGGAGCAUGAGCGCGAUUUUCGCUCUAAGCCGACUGUCGGUCCUCGUACGGGAGUCACUGUGUCUCUCUCUUUCAUUCGACGCUCGGCAUGGCUGAUCAGUAUCAAUCUUCUCUCUACUCUCGAACGGAGAUCCACUCUCUCUAUCUCUCUCUUCUCCCUCCUUUCUCCCACCAGCCCCUGCGUCCCUGCAGAAGGCAGUUCCCUCCAGUCAUGCCCCUGUCCAAACCAGGUAAGCGGCAUAAUCGUGUUAUUCUUUCUUGCUUUAGUGGACAACCGCCGUCUACAUCAGGAUAUGAAUGUUGUUAUUUAGUGUUGUAAACGUGAGGCUGCACACUGUACACAAUGUGUAUGUGUCGUGCCAUUGUAUGGCCUGUGUACAGCACUCAGCGCAUGUCCGUUAAAUUGUAUUCUUACUGGUGCACUGUUAGUGCUGGUGUACUAGCCUGGUGAAAUCAAAACACGACAAGGAAUGACAAGGAGUGGAAUGGAGUGGCAUGAUAGCUAAAUAGACUGGGGACCUCGGCUACUGGUGUUCUGAUACUAUGUCAUGUCAUGCCUGAUGCUGUCAGCUGCACUGUACUGUGUAAUGUCACGUUAGCUCAGCUGUUCUGUACUGUGUAAUGUCACGUUAGCGCAGCUGCACUGUACUGCAGUAUGUCCGUUAGCGCCGCGCACUGUGCUGUUAGUCACGUUCAGCGCAGCUGUCACAUGUACUGAGUAAAUGUUCACGUUAGCGCAGCUUCACUGUACCUGAGUAAUGUCACGUGUAAGCGCACUGCAACUGUACUGUGUAAUAUUCACGUUAGCGCGCUGCACUGUACUUAGUAAUGAUUCACGUUUAUGCGCCUCUCUGCACUGUACUGUGAGUAUGUCAUCGUUAGCUCAGCUGCACUGUACUGUGUAAUGUCAGGUUAGCGCAGCUGCACUGUACUGUGUAACGCCAGUUAGCCAGUUAGCCAGUUAGCUCACGCUGCACGGCUACUGUGGAAACUCAGUUGUAUCUCAGCUGUACUGUACUGUGUAACACCAGUUAGCCAGUUAGCUCAGCUGUAUGUUGUUGGGGACGUGUUACUGUAUGUGUGACUGUGAAGCAGCAGACGAUGCCACGCCCCCCGACCUGGAGAAGACCCUGGAGCUGAUUCGCUACCUGGUCCCAGAGGUGUUCAAUGGGGCACUGGUGGACUCUCUGUCGGGCCCACGCCCUGUCCGCGUCCCCCGGAUUGGCCGGCCUCCUUUUCUCCUGGGAGUGGGAUCGAGCCACUAUCUGCCACCCCCGCCUCUCUCUAUCUGUUCAGGCUUAUCAGAGCCAAGAAACCGGAGUGGUUACUGUCCUGUUGGCCUGGGCUCAAUGAAUUCUCUGAACUAACCUUUCUUUAUAUUAUAUAAUUUUUUGGUGGUCAAUCACUUGGUGGUCAAGAUGAUACAUUGUAAAUCAGAAAUAUAAAAAAACACAUAUCUCCAUUUUGCAAUCGAGAUCGAGAACAGUAGCAUUGUGCAAAUACACCCGAACGGGUUCCUUUGCUUUCUCGACUCACCUGAGCUCAGUUCUAACCGAAGAAAACUGAUUUUACACAGUGAUAGACAGAUUUAAAAAGAGGAUAUAAAAAGAGGAGGUUGUGUUUCAGGGAUUUUCUACAGGCUUGGCUCUCUUCUCGUGCCCAGUUGGGUGUCUGCUGUCUGGUUGACUUCCCCUACAGAUCCUCCUGUCUGCUGUCUGGUUGACUUCCCCUACAGAUCCUCCUGUCUGCUGUCUGGUUGACUUCCCCUACAGAUCCUCCUGUCUGCUGUCUGGUUGACUUCCCAUACAGAUCCUCCUGUCUGCUGUCUGGUUGACUUCCCCUACAGAUCCUCCUGUCUGCUGUCUGGUUGACUUCCCCUACAGUUCCUCCUGUGAUUUCUUCCUCAACUGGAUUUAUGGGUCUUAGCAGCAGUAGCUUCCAUAAUUAACUCUUUAUGACUUAGAGUAAUUGAUAGAAGUGGGUAACAAACAGUCCUUAGAGUAAUUGAUAGAAGUGGGUAACAAACAGUCCUUCGAUAAUUGUAGAAGUGGGUACCAACAUCCUUCGAGUAAUUGAACGGAAGUGGGUAACAGCAGUCCUUAGAGUAUUUUAUUAGAAGUGGGUACAAACAGUCCUUAGAGUUGUGAUAUAAGUGGGUAACAAACAGUGUCCUUAGAAAUCAAUUGAUAGAAGUGGGUAAACAAACAGUCCUUAGAGUAAUUGAUAGAUGUGGGUAACAAACAGUCCUUAGAGUAUUGAUAGAAGUGGGUAACAAACAGUCCUUAGAGUAAUUGAUAGAAGUGGGUAACAAACAUCCUUUAAUUAAUUGAGAGAUGUGGGUAACAAACAGUCCUUAGAGUAAUUGAUAGAAGUGGGUAACAAACAGUCUUUAGAUUAAUUGAUAGAAGUGGGUAACAAACAGUCCUUAGAGUAAUUGAUAGAAGUGGGUAACAACAGUCCUUAGAGUAAUUGAUAGAAGUGGGUAACAGACAGUCCUUAGAGUAAUUGAUAGAAGUGGUAACACAACUCAGUCUUUAGAUUAAUUUAGGAUGUUGGAGUAACAAACGUCCCUUAGAGUAAUUGAUAGAAUGGGCUAACAAACCAGUCUUAGAGUAUUGCUAGAAUGUGGGUAAAGACAGUCCCUUAGAGUAAUUGAUAGAAGUGGGUAACAACGUCUUUAGUUAUUGAGAUUAUUGUCGGGUAACAAACCCGUCCUAGAGUACUUGAUAGAGAGUGGGUAACAACAGUCUUUAGAUUAUUGAGAGAUGUGGGUACAACAGUCUUAGAGUAAUUGAUACGAGUGGGUAACAACAUCUUUAGAGUUAACUUGAGAUCAUGUGGUAACAAACAGUCCUUAGAGUAUUUGAUAGAAGUGGGUAACAAACAGUCCUUAGAGUAUUUGAGAGAUGUGGGUACAACAGUCCCUUAAGUAAUUGAUAGAAGUGCGGUAAACAAACAGUCUGUUAGAUUACAUUGAGAGAUGUGGUACAAACAGCCUUAGGUAAUUGAAGAAGCUGGGUACAAACGUCUUUAGAUUAAUUGGAGAUGGGUUAACAAACCGUCCUUAGAGUAUUGGAUAGAAGUGGGUACAAACAUCCUUUUUAGAUUAAUGAUUAAAUGGUAACACAGUCUUAGAGUAAUUGUAUCGAGUGGGUACAACCAGUCCUUAGGAGUAAUUAGAUAGAAGUGGUCAACAGUCCUUAGAGGUAAGUUGAUGAAGUGGGUAACAAGACGUCUUUAUAUUAAUUGAUAGAAGUGGGUAACAAACAGUCCUUAGAGUAAUUGAUAGAAGUGGGUAACAAACAGUCUUUAGAUUAAUUGAGAGAUGUGGGUAACAAACAGUCCUUAGAGUAAUUGAUAGAAGUGGGUAACAGACAGUCCUUAGAGUAAUUGAUAGAAGUGGGUAACAAACAGUCUUUAGAUUAAUUGAAAGAAGUGGGUAACAAACAGUCCUUAGAGUAAUUGGAGAUGGGGCGGGUCAACACAACAUUCCUUAGAGUAAUUGAUAGAAGUGGGUCAGACUCUACCUGUUUGAUCAAUAUUACCUGUCUCUGACGUGAUGACUACGUUCACUGAUUCUUUCUCAAGACCUGGGCUGUAUACAUUGUAAUAAUGCAGUUAUUCCAUAAAAUUGUUUCUUAUACUUGGGGAAUAUUGUAUAUAGAUGCAAAUAAUUAGUAUUUUAUUGAUUUUGUUUUAUUAUUAUAUUUUAUUUGUUUAUUUGUCAGGGAUCAAGCAACACACAAAAUUUGUCUCCUGAUUCUACGCUACCUCUGUUUCCAAUCUCCAGGGGGCAAUCCUCUCUAAUGUUAAGGGAUGAUUGCUUGUUACUGGGUUUUGUGGCCAUGCUGACUGAGUGAUCUCAUUCCCUUUCCACAGGACUGUACUGAAUGGUUCCUCUCCUUUCUCUCUCCAUGCAUCUCUCUGAUCACCCCUCUUUUUCAGCCCUUCUCUCUCGUCACAGUUCUCCGUGCUCCCUGCUACUGGAGAGUGAGUGUCCUUUGCGGUAACCUCGUCUUCCUUCACCUCUCCUUUUAGUCCCUGCCACCAAGCUGACCACUCUGAUGCGCCCUACAGCUGGACCCUGCCACUGCAAGUAUGACCCCUUUCAACUGGGUGUUAUUCGAAGAUUGUGACGGAGGCCAACUUGAGAGUGAGUAUCAGUCACCACAAUGUCGUGAUAUGACUUUCAUUCAUCUGAUGACUGUUAUUUAUCGAAUCAACUAACUAUUUUUAAUUGUUACCCAAUUAAAUGAAUCAUGUAACAACUAACUCAUUAUGAAUUUUGGGGAAUCAUGGAAGAAGUUGUUUAAAGAGUUACCCUCUCCCGAUUAAACUCAUAAGAUCUUUACCUAUCACAUCCAAAACAGUCAAUGUAUAAAUUCAUAACGUUCCAUCACACUCAUCAGUCUGAACAGUUUGCAACCUUCUUGAUCGGCAAAACCCCAGCCUUACUCAUGCUUCAGUACUAACCAAAUUUGUUUAAUUAUUUUUUACCUAAGUUACUAAAUAAUACACAGAAUUAGCUACACACUUAUACAUGAGUGAAAACAAUUCCACCUUGUCUGACUAACACAACAUGAACUUAUCGGUCUUUGUUUUAAGAGAGAGAGAGAUGAGAGGAGAGAGAGACGAGAGAGAGAGAGAGAGAGAGGGAGUCCCACCGCUCGUACUCUCUCUCUCUUCUCUCUCUCUCUCUCUCUCUCUCCGCUCUCUCUCUCUCGCUACUCUCUUCUCUCGUCUCUCUCUCGAUCUUCCUCCUCCUCUCUUCCUCUCCAUAGGAUAGAGAGGAGCAGAGAUACAGAGUGCGACAAGAUACCAUAUAGAGAGAGAGAAACACUUAUCGUUGAUACAUUUGAAAACUACUCUCAAAGUAAUCAUAAUACUUUGCACACGAACCACCGCCCGUUUGGAGUAAGAAAUCAUGAAUGUAUUUACGUGUGGAUGCCUUUGUUUGUCGUCUAUCUCUGUCGAACCCAAGCCCUCUGGGAAAGGCGCUUUUGUCUGGGUCUUCACUCAGCUCACUUGGAAGGCUCUGAUUGUCCACAAGAGGUCACAAUGUCCUUCUUCUUAGUUGUUCCUGGUCUGUAGUGGGUGUUUCUUUAGAACAGCUACUUGGCUGUACCAGUGAUUGUCUGAGAGGGGAGCUUUCUUCUCCUCUCCACCCGUGUGGUUAGAGUUUGAACCACUUUAUACGCACAGCUGCAGCCUGACAAUGUUUCGGGUCUGGUUUGGGAGGUGAUCUUCUUCACCUCGUGUUGAGGUUCAAACCAUUUCAAACGUGUAGCCAACGCUCCACACUUUCUGGUCUGAUGUUAAUUUCUUAACCUAUCCUUUUAUACACUCUGGGUAAAAAGGGGCGUUCCGUCAUGCUGACAGGCUCUCUGAGCUCACUCGGGGCGUGGCUAGUUACUGUGCAAAGCUUAUAUGAAAAACAAUUAUCUCAUUAGAAAACUAAAAUCACCUUCCUAUCUUAACAAAGAUACUUUCAUCAUUUUUCAUAUUAUAUACACAACAUAUUGGAUGAAAACUUGACAGAUAAAGGGGAUAUACUUUCCAAGUUACAGUAUUUUCAAGAUACCAUUCUUAAUAUGACAUGAUUAUUAUUUUGAUCCCCACUUACCAUUCCCAACAUUCUUAUCUUAGAAAUAUUGUUCCAGUAUUCACUUUUUGGAUGUUAGAGUUUUGGGCGGCAAAAGUCUCUGGAGACAAAGGACAUUCCUUUAGCCAAUACUGGAGGGCAAAGAGAGAGUCCUCUCCUUAAAUUUAUGACAGGGUGUGAGGUGUCAACAAAAAAAAAAACUCCCGUCUUCUGUGGAUGGGAGAGGCCUGGUUACUGUCAACCAUUGCCAAGCUGAUCUGAUUCAUUGGAACCUCACACAGGACAGUCAUGACAACAAUCACAACCAAAGGAUUACACUGACUCAGAGACUCAGAGACUCAGACACACAGAGACACAGAUACUCAGAGACACAGAUACUCAGAGACUGGUGGUUGCAAUGGUAAGCCUGUUAUGUACUUCAAACAUCUUGAUUUAAUGUAUAUUAACACAGUGGAAUGUUGAUGCAAGAACCAGAGUAAAAAACAACAACAAUAUCAUCAUCAGCAGCAUUAACGUCAUUCAGAACGUAUUGGCCGAUGUGAAAUCAAUGAAAGGCUUGUUAUUGCCCUACAGCUACGUCCCAGCAGGAGUUGACCAUAGAGGAGGCAUGCCUUGCCAUGGGACAUUCAUGCUGCACCAGGUAAGUCAUUCAGGGAAUUGAAAGAUAGUUAUGAUUGAACUGAUUUAAUAAUAUAUAAUAAUAAAAUAGGAGACAGGUUAAAGAAGGAUUUUUAAUUGAGACAAUUGAGACAUGGAUUGUGUGUGCCAUCUCUCUUAUUCAAUCUCCCUCUUAUUCAACCUCCCUCUUAUUCAAUCUCUCUCUUAUUCAAUCUCCCUCUUAUUCAAUUUAUCUUAUUCAAUCUCCAUCUUAUUCAAUCUCCCUCUUAUUAAUUCUCUCUCUUAUUCAAUCUCCCUCUUAUUCAAACUCUCUCUUAUUCAUUCUCUCUCUUUCUCUCUUUCUCUCUCUCUCUCUCUCUCUGUGUCUCUCUCUCUCUGUCUCUCUCUCUCUCUCUCUCUCUCUGUCUCUCUCUCUCUGUGUCUCUCUCUCUCUGUGUCUCUCUCUCUCUGUGUGUCUCUCUCUCUCUGUCUCUCUCUCUGUGUGUCUCUCUCUCUCUCUCCGCCCCACCAGGGUAUCCAGAGGAGAGUAACUGUGACAAUCGUUCAUGAGACAGGUGAAGACAUCGUGUGGAAAGACGUCCAGGAGCUGGUUGUGGGUGAGUCAGGCUCACAUUGAAGUGGACGGUGUGUGUAUGUUUGUUGUGUGUGUGCAUGUGCCUGGGUGUGUGUUAUCUUUGUGAGUGUCUGUCUCUCUGUGUGUGGUUGUGUGUGUGUUUUGAAUACAUUGACAUUUUAGUCAUUUAGCUCAUACGCAUUUAAUACCAACAUUUGCCGUAUGUAAGUCCUCCUCCUCUUCUUCAUCAUCCUCCUCCUCCUCCUCUUCCUUCUCCUCCUCCUCCUCUUCCUCCUCCUCCUUCUCAUCUUCCUCCUCCUUCUCUUCCUCCUCCUCCUCCUCUUCCUCGACUCCCCAGGGCGUAUCAGUAACUCUCCCGAGGGGGACGAUGCCAUCAUAGACCCCAACAUCCUCUCUCUCAACAUCCUGUCAGCUGGGUAUGUCAGACCCAUGCAGGACGAC